AUGAGCAGUGAGGAAGAACGGAACCGUCCCGGAAAUUCUGUAGCCGGACUCUCAAACCUCCAAAUGAGGGCUUUAAACGAUACUUUUACUAACCUUAUGAAUGCAGGACUUGAGCAGAUCCAUCAAAGGUUAGAUGAGAUUCAGGAGAGCCAACAAACCAGAUCUAGAACCGGAACCAGACGAGCUCAACCUAGACGGAACAGCCAAUCCGAUCUAGAAAUCUUUGACGAAGAUACCAACGAUGAUCAAUCCAUCAACCGACCCAGGAGAGGACAUAGAAACCGAAACCCAGGUGAAGUCAAUCCUUUUGCUAGAGCUGAACGAAAUGAAAAUGGGUUGGGUGCUUUGAAAUUGAAAAUUCCAAGCUUUGAAGGAAAGAAUGAUCCUGAUGUCUUUUUAGAAUGGGAAAGGAAAAUUGAACUGGUUUUUGAUUGUCAAAACUUGUCUGAUAUUAGGAAGGUUAGGUUAGCAGCUUCUGAAUUUUCUGGCUAUGCUAUUAACUGGUAUGACCGAGUUGUGACUCACAGGAGGAGAACAGGUGAAGCACCAGUGGAGACUUGGUUGGGGCUUAUUACGCUUAUGCGGAAACGCUUCGUACCGGACCAUUACCAACGCGACCUACACCACAAACUCAGGAGGCUACUUCAGGGAACAAAGUCGGUUGAGGACUACCAUCAGGAAAUGGAGACUUUGAUGCUUAAGGCUGAUGUGGAUGAACCUGUAGACGCAACCAUGGCUAGAUUCCUCACUGGACUCAACCGGGACAUCCAAGACCGCAUGGAACUUCAGGAUUAUAGUGACAUGGAACAGAUGCUACACAAGGCUAUCCUGAUUGAGCAGCAAGUCAAAAGGAAAGGACUCUCCAAAUCCACCUUCCCUUCAAAAUCACCUUUUCCAUCUAAGCCUAGCUACCAAGACAAAGGUAAGUAUCCUGCCACAACAAAUACUGCUUUGAAAACUGAUGUUCCUACUCGUGUGGAUAAAGGAAAAGCAGUGGAAAACCCCAGCAGAACAAGAGACAUAAGGUGUUUCAAGUGUCAGGGCCUCGGACACUAUGCCAACAAAUGUCCAAACCAGCGGGUGAUGGUUCUUUUGGAAAAUGGUGAUGUAGAAUCCGAGGAGGACAAAGAGGAAAAAGAGGACCUUGGUCCCAUUUUUGAUGAGGAAGAAGAGCCCUUUGAUUACCCAGCCAGUGGACCACUUCUUGUUACAAGAAAGCUCUUGGAGGAACCGAUCUUAGAGGACGAAAUUGAGGAAGUAAUUGAUGAGUUCUGUUCCUCGUUUGUUAAAGAAACAGGACCGGUCUAUGACGAGGACAAUCUCAGCUUUCCAGCUACUGAUGGUGGCAGCUGUACCAACGUGGCUAGUGAUACCUUGGUGAAGAAACUUGGACUUGUUACACGUCCACUUGCCAAACCUUUCAGGUUGGAAUGGUUGAAUGAGGACGGAGAGCAAUACGUCAAGGAACAGGUGACUGUUCCGAUCACUAUCGGACGGUACGAGGAUGAGGUCGUGUGUAACGUCCUUCCCAUGGACGCUUGUCACAUUCUUUUGGGUCGACCUUGGCAGUUCGACAAGAAGGCUGUCCAUGAUGGCUACACAAACCGCCACUCCUUUGAACACAAUGGAAAGAAAAUCACCUUGGUUCCCCUUUCUCCCUUAGAAGUUCACCAAGAUCAAAUCCAACUUAAGAAGGGACGAGAACAAGACUCCAAACCUGAGGCAUCAGCAAGAAAUUCCAACUUCUACAUCAAACAAGGUCAGGUAAGAAAAACCCUUGCCACCAAAAAGCCAUUCCUUUUGCUUGUUUAUAAGGAAUCUCUUAUGGCCUCAUCUUCUUCUCACCUUGCACCGGACAUUCCGAGUGAUUUGAAAGGAUUAUUGCAGGAGUUUUCUGAUGUAUUUCCUGAAGAAAAUCCAAAAGGAUUGCCUCCAAUCCGUGGCAUUGAACAUCAGAUCGAUCUCGUUCCAGGCGCGUCCUUGCCAAACCGACCAGCGUACCGCACUAACCCCGUCGAGACCAAGGAACUCCAAAAGCAGAUUGAUGAUCUUCUUGACAAAGGAUACAUCCGAGAAAGCCUCAGCCCAUAUCAAGUUGUUUUCCUAGGUUUUGUUGUAGGAAAAGAUGGCCUGAAGGUUGAUGAAGAAAAGGUCAAAGCCAUCCGCGACUGGCCCAUUCCUAAGUCCGUAAGUGAGGUUCGAAGCUUCCAUGGCCUUGCUGGUUUCUAUCGACGGUUCGUCCAAGACUUCAGUUCUAUAGCCGCUCCUCUCACUGAGGUUAUCAAGAAGAAUGUGGGUUUCAAGUGGGAACAACCUCAGCAGGAAGCUUUCCAAAUCCUAAAAGAGAAGUUAACUCAAGCCCCUCUUCUUGCUUUACCAGAUUUUUCUAAAACUUUUGAGAUUGAGUGUGAUGCUUCCGGAGUGGGUAUUGGUGCUGUUCUUAUGCAGGAUAGGAAACCCAUCGCAUACUUUAGUGAAAACUUGGAGGAGCUACCUUGA